GCGAGCUCCGCUAAAGCUGCACGGAGACCAGACGAUGUAAUGUGUUGACAAAUCUGUCCACAUUAGACUAAUUUAUCAACCGUUUCUGGCCUUGAAAAUGAAACUGUAUUGUUUGUCAGGUCAUCCCACAUUGCCCUGCAAUGUCCUUAAGUUCAAGUCCACCACCAUCAUGUUGGACUGUGGACUGGACACCACCUCUGUCCUCAACUUCCUCCCGCUGCCUCUGGUGCACAGUCCGCGACUCUCUAAACUGCCUGGUUGGAUCUCAAAGGAUGGAACAUUAAACCUGGAAAAGGAGCUGAAAGAAUGUGCUGGACGGGUUUUUGUGGACUCGCAGCCAGAGUUCUGCCUCCCCGAGAAAGAAUUACUGGAUCUGUCAACGAUCGACGUCAUCCUCAUCUCCAACUACCACUGCAUGAUGGCGCUGCCGUACAUCACCGAGCACACGGGCUUCACGGGGACGGUGUACGCCACGGAGCCCACGCUGCAGAUCGGGAGGUUGCUGAUGGAGGAGCUGGUGAACUUCAUGGAGAGGGUUCCUAAGGCUCAGUCUGCCACCUGCUGGAAGAACAAGGAAAUUCAACGGCUGCUUCCCGGGCCGCUGAAGGACGCCGUGGACGUGUGGGCGUGGAAACGAUCCUACAGCAUGCAGGAGGUCAACUCAGCCCUCAGCAAAGUGCAGCUCGUGGGUUACUCCCAGAAAGUGGAGCUGUUUGGAGCCGUCCAGGUCUCCCCGCUGAGCUCCGGCUACUCGCUGGGCAGCUCCAACUGGGUCAUCCAGUCGCACCACGAGAAGGUGUCCUACGUGUCGGGUUCGUCGCUGCUCACCACACACCCGCAGCCGAUGGACCAGAGCUCCCUGAAGAACAGCGACGUCCUCAUCCUGACGGGCCUCACCCAGAUGCCCACCGCCAACCCAGACGGCAUGCUGGGAGAAUUCUGCAGUAACUUGGCCAUGACGAUCCGGGCGGGAGGCAACGUGCUGGUGCCGUGCUACUCUUCAGGCGUGAUAUACGACCUGCUGGAGUGUCUGUACCAGUUCAUCGAGAGCGCCAACCUGGGCACCACGCCCUUCUACUUCAUCUCCCCGGUGGCCAACAGCUCGCUGGAGUUCUCCCAGAUCUUCGCCGAGUGGCUCUGUCAUAACAAGCAAUCAAAGGUGUAUCUUCCUGAGCCGCCGUUCCCACACGCAGAGCUGAUCCAAACCAACAAACUGAAACACUACCCCAGCAUCCACGGAGACUUCAGCAGCGAGUUCCGCCAGCCCUGCGUGGUUUUCACCGGCCACCCGUCCCUGCGCUUCGGGGACGUGGUGCAUUUCAUGGAGCUGUGGGGCAAAUCAGGGCUCAACACCAUCAUCUUCACCGAGCCAGACUUCUCCUACCUGGACGCCCUGGCUCCCUACCAGCCGCUGGCCAUGAAGUGCGUCUACUGUCCCAUCGACACCAGGCUCAACUUCCACCAGGUGUCCAAACUGCUGAAGGAAGUCCAGCCGCUGCAUGUGGUGUGUCCGGAGCCGUACGCCCAGCCCCCCGUGAGCCAGUCCCACCGCUCCGACCUGAUGCUGGAGCUGCAGCCGCCGCCCAUGCCCUACCGCCGCUGCUCCGUCCUCAGCCUGCCCUUCAAGCGCCGCUACGAGCGCGUCUACGUCCUGCCCGAGCUGGCAAACUCGCUGGUGCCCACUGAGGUCAAACCUGGCGUCUCCGUGGCAACCGUGUCUGCGGUGCUGCACUCGAAGGACAACAAACACACGUUACAGUCGGUGCCCAAGCCCCCCCCGGUGCCCCCCAGCAAGAAGAGGAAGCGGGUGAUGGAGGAGCCACCGGUGGUGAUGGCUCCCAAGCCCCUGCUGAGCGGAGCGGUGCCCCUGGAAGGUUUCCUGGCCACGUUACAGAAGCACGGCAUCUCGGAGGUUAAGGUGGAGGAGACGGCGGACGGACACAUCCUGCAUCUGCAGGCCGAGGACACGCUGAUCCAGCUGGAGGAGGACGGGACGCACAUCGUCUGCGACAACAACGAGCCGCUGCGGACCACGCUGAGAGACCUGGUGCUGCGCUUCCUGCAGAAGCUCUGAUCGCUGCUCCUCGCCGGACGCUCAGAGCUCCAGAGACAGAACAGGAGUUUAUGACUCUGACAGGAGUUUUGAAUCUUUUU